UUCAACCCUCCUGCUCUUCAGGUCAUUUUCUUCUUGUGCUUUAUUUAUUUAUUUUAGAUCCCCAAUUAUAAUACCAAUACACCAAGCUUCCAUUUAUAAAUCUCCAUUAGAUCCCAAUUUUUUUCACCAUUGAAAACCCAAAUCUCCAUUAAAUCUCUUGAAUCAGAUCAAAAUGUUUCUAUUCGAUUGGUUCUAUGGAGUUCUUGCAUCUCUCGGAUUAUGGCAAAAAGAGGCUAAAAUUCUUUUUUUAGGUCUUGAUAAUGCCGGCAAGACCACUCUCCUUCACAUGUUGAAAGACGAGAGAUUGGUACAGCAUCAGCCGACACAACAUCCGACGUCUGAGGAAUUGAGCAUAGGAAAAAUUAAGUUUAAGGCUUUUGAUUUGGGUGGUCACCAGAUCGCUCGUCGUGUCUGGAAAGAUUACUAUGCCAAGGUGGAUGCAGUGGUUUACCUGGUGGAUGCAUAUGACAAGGAGCGGUUUGCAGAAUCAAAGAAGGAAUUGGAUGCUCUCCUUUCAGAUGAAGCCCUGGCCAAUGUUCCGUUCCUCAUUCUAGGAAACAAGAUUGAUAUUCCCUAUGCAUCUUCUGAAGAUGAGCUUCGGUUUCAUCUAGGACUUACAAAUUUCACAACUGGCAAGGGUAAGGUGAAUCUUACAGAUUCAAAUGUCCGUCCCCUUGAAGUUUUCAUGUGCAGUAUCGUCCGCAAGAUGGGAUAUGGUGAUGGUUUCAAGUGGCUCUCUCAGUACAUCAAAUAGAGUCUGGGAAAAAGUCUGGCCUUUGUAUUCUUUUUGGAGCUAUUUUGAUGUCAUUUUUGCAGUACAAUUAGAUUGCAAAUGGAAUUCUGGUCUGUCAUUUGAUAGAUUGAUUGGCGGAUUAACACAUCAUUAGAAAACAUUUGAUUUAUAACUCAUCUACUGUGGAAUUGGUUUUCAUUGAAGAACAAAGUUGUGUGCAACUAUGAUUUAGCUUUUUCGUGGAUUAAUAAUAAGGUCAUGACCAUUGUUUCAA